GGCUCAGUCACCAGUCAUUUGGUGACUUGUACAUUACUGAUUCUUUCUAUUUACUAUACAUACUUCUCUGUUUUCAAACGAGCUGUCACUUCCCAGUAUUAAAAUUGAUUGCGGGUCCUCCGAGCAUUGAGCUGGAGGGCCCCGCUUGCCCUAAACUCUUCGCACGAGUGCCUAUCACCAGUGCAGGUUGAUUCAAGGCACUCCUGGAAAUUUCCGACAUGUAGCAGUAAAAGAUUCGUCCUCUUUUCGUCUUUCCUAUAUAAUUGGUUGCAUCUCCCUUCUCAGUAUGAGCAUCACUAGGCUGUCUUCACUCUCCUAUUUCGCGCCAUGGCCUCAUUCUAUUCUACUCAGUUAUAUGACGACAGAGCAUCUGCCGAAGAACAACCACUCCCCGAUGCCCUUCGUCGCACGUCCUUCGUAAAGAGGGUACUUUGUUUUUUGGCACUUGGACGCCCAGAUCUUGGUGAUCAUUGGAAGUCGCUGCAAUCAGAACAAGCCUUCGAAACCGUUAGGAGCAGGUUUUGCUCCAUCUUGGCCAGUAUUAUCACCACCGCAAGUGUCCUCCUCGCUAUAAGCGGUGUUUUCGUCAGCACGGCCUCUCCUGUGUCGUACUUUGACUACACAUCGCCCGUUCCCUAUUGUCUGCUCUUUAUAUCGCUCAUGCUCGCCAUGAUCGCGAUGUUGACGUCUGGCUCGAGCAUGAUACGUUGGCUGCACGCCGAUCGCCACUGGACUCAAGAACAACUCAAGCAAGGCGACUACUUCGUCUUGUCCUACCUGUUGUCGAUAGUCACGCCUAUAAUCUUCGUUGUCUGCUCCCUCAAUUGUUUCAUAUUUGGUGAGUUGUUCCAUCAAUCGAGGCUUUCUCUGGUCCCUCAUGCAUUCCGCCCAGCGAUGUUGGUAGCAGGCUUUUCUUCUCAAAGCAUGAUCUGCCGCGCAGCCACUGCGCUCUGGCUGAUCGCAUACGCUGUCAACGUUGGGACGAUUUUGAUGGACGCUAUGUGGAAGUAUGCAACAAGCUUCAAUCACGCUGGAUAACGUCAGUAGUCUCCAGUUUCCUCCUUGUUUCGCCCGCAGUUCGUCUAUGUUGUAUAUAGCCUGAUAUUGUGCACAAAGAUUAUUAGAAUGCAGACGAGUAUAUUGUACGUAGUCUGCAUGGUUUUCAAUCAUGCAAAUCAAUUUUUCCAGAAUGUUUCACAAC